AUGAAUACACGAGUCAUGUUCUCCUGUUCUUGGUGGAUGGUUUCGCUGCGGGGCGACCCGACCCAGCAGACAGACAAAGUGGCCAUCAAUCAGUUUCAGGACGCAGCAGAGAUCAAUGCCAUUCUCAUGAGCAUCCUUAUUAUUAGUAACAUCUCCCGCGCAUCCAGCAGAUGGGUUUCUGUCAAGCCCUGGGGUGCUAUUCGCUGCUGCGAGGCAAUUCGCAGCCAGAGCAGCCCCUCCUCGCAGAUCUGCUUGGCCAAUGAAGACCCCAAGGCGCUGCCAAAAAGCCCGGCGCGUAUCUCAGCGCAUCCAACCAACCAUCGCAGCAGCUGCUUGCUCGCUGUGUGA